AUGCAGAGCGUAUCGGAGCACCUUCGCCGGCUGAGCGCGUCGAUCAAGUGGGGCUCCACCCCAAUCGAUCAGGCGAAGGAGCUCCGAUUUGAUGAAACCGAUAAAGCAGAGACAAUGAGUUACAGUAGCUACAGAACUAGCUCUGCUCCAUCUCGGGGCAGAGGUUUCAGUACUCGUGGUUCUUUCCGUGGCAGAGGUGGUGGUGGUGAAGGUUCUAAUAGCUCCUGGAACUCCACUUCUCCUAGAGGAAGUCGUGGGGGAUUUUCUGGCCCUUCUCGAGGUCGUUUUAAUUGGUACAAGGAACAUUCAUCAAGCUUUGAUUCACGAAGGAGUUAUGGGUCAGGUGGAUUCACUGGUGGUGCUGGGGCCAGUGGUGGAGCUGACCGGUACUCUAGCCGAGGAGGCAGAGCUGAGGAUUCGUAUAGACGAUCAUAUCGUGGAGAUGUAUCAGAUUACUCAUCUCGAGAUCAUAGCCAUCACAGGUCUCCUGAGUCUCAACGUAAAAGAAUGAGGACAGAACAUUCAUAUGUACAGGCUUCAUCUGGCCGCCGCAGUCAUGAAGGUAGCUACGGGGGAGGCACAGACUACAAUAGUCGCUAUAGUUACGAGGACAAAGGGUAUGGGGAGGACAGAAGCAGAGGGUACCGUGAGGAGAGGCGGUCUGCCGGGAGUUUCAGGGACCGCUCCCGGGAAGAGUAUCCACACAGAAAGGCGGACCAGCUGGACUCAGGCAUGCCUCCCCCCUCAAGCGGCCCUCCCCGCCACGUGUCCUCCCCCCGGGGCUCCUUCAGGGGCCGAGCGAGUAGCCGUGGUCCAAGAGGCAUGUCGAGAUUGACACUUGCUCGAGACAAGUGGCGGACGGAUCCCAUUCUCGCCAGGAAGAGAAGUGUUAUGGAUUCUUACUCAGUCCGUAAACGAAUUCUUUCGUCCAGAGCACAAGCUGAUUAUCUGAGGAGGCUGAAGAUUCAGAAGCUCCGGAGGAUGCGUGAACUUGCUGCUAAAAAAGAAGGCAAAGGUGAUAAAGAUGGAAAAACUGCCGAUGAGAUCAGUGACGGAGAUGAAGAGGAGGAUGGUGAGUUGGGAGAAUUAGAAGAUUGGGAUACUGAAGUGAAGAAGGAAGGGGAGGAUGAAGAUGAUGAUGAAGUGGCUGAAAAGGUCGAAGAAAAACCAAAAAUAAAAAAAGAAAAGAAAGUGAAAACUGAGGAGGAACGUGAAGAAGGUGAAGAGGUUGAUGAAGAGGAAGAGGAGGCUGAAGAGGAGGAAGAAGAUAAAGAAGGAGAUAAGGCUGAUACUCCCAAAAAAUCUGAGUCUAAGAAUGGAGGAGUUCAUGUGACCAUUAAACAAGACUCAGAUUCUCGUGCAGUAAGUGAAGAAGUGAAGCGUACUACAUUCCAUGGCAAACCAUUUAUUAGACUAACAUGUCCUCAUUGUUUUAUGAGGUGUAUAACAUUCAAGGAAUAUUCCAUGCAUUUGUACUCCUCAAAGCAUAUCAUUGCAAUGCGCAAGCAGUCGCUACAAUUAAAGCAAACACUUGCUCGAAUGCGUAUGACCCAGAGGCAGAAGCAAAGAAUUGUUGAGGAAAACGAAUCAGCACAAGGUUCUUUGUCAUCUCGAACUAGAUUCUGUCCAAUCUGCAAACUUAACUAUCGCCAAUUUAAGACAAAGCAUCAGAUAUCAGAUUAUCAUAGAGCAAUGAAGAAAUUUCUUAUGCCAUACUGCCGAAUCUGUCGAAUUGGAUUCAAAUCACCAAUGCUUUUUGAAAAUCAUAUUUGUUCCUUGGAACACAUCAAGCGUGAAGCACGUAUGAAAGAAAGUAUGCGAUUCAGGGAAAGAUCCAGGGAUGAUGGUAGUGGUAUUGAGGAUGAAGAUAAGGAAGUGAAUUUGGAUAAUUUCAUGACUUUGGAUUCUGUAGGAACUGUAGAUGAUGAUGGUGACGAAGAAGGUUCAGAAGGCGAGGGUAAGGGCAAGAGUGACAAGGACAAAAAGGAAAGUGAGGAGAAGAAGAGGACGGAAACUAACUUGGGUUCUGAGUACAUCAAGAAGGUGGAAGUAUUAUUCUGUGAGAUGUGUAGGUCGUACUUGCCAAGGCUAGAUCAACCUGAAAGAGCUUUGUCUAUCCAUUGCCGAUCUCGACCUCACUUGACCAGAUAUGUUCGAUAUCGUGAUGAUCGUAAUCUUCGUCGUGAGGCUGAACGUGUACAUCAGCGGAAGGAGACCAAAGAGAAUGCAGAUGGAGAAAAGUCAGACAAAAAGAAGGAAGCAGUGACUGAGAAAACUAUUGAUAGCACCACUGAAAAGGAAGGUGGUAAGGAUGGAGAUGUUGAAAUGAAGGACACUGAAGAUGGGGAAGAUGGUGAUGCUGAUGCCUCCCAGGAAGUGGCAGGUGAAGAAGGUGGUGGGGGCCAAGCAGGAGGGGAUGCGGCUGAAGGUGGAGAAGAGCUCGAUCAGGAAUUGGAAGCUGGAAUGGAUGACAAGCUGUGGGAUGAUGUGGAUAAAGAUUUGGGAGAUUUGCUCAGAGAAGUGGAGCCUGGCAAUAAAUCAUCUGAUGAAGAUGAGGACUCACGAGCAGAAGGAGGGCGAUAUGACAGAUUUCGAUACAGUGAGAAAGGGAGCACAGGUCCUCAUGCAGAAGGUGAUGCACCUGACACCACGAAAGCUGCUGUAGAUGGAGAAGGAGAACGCAAGUCUGAAGCUGCUGAAGAGGCCCCUGCAAAAGAAAUCAAAGUUGAACCUAAAGAUGAAGCAGAUCCUCAGCCUAAAAAGCAGUCUCCUAGUGGAGGUGCAGUUUCCUCCGCUCCAGUGGCAGUGACAACAAAUUAAUCUAUCACUUGUAUCCUGGAGUACCUGACUUGAUUAACAGACAAGUCCUUGAUUCUGCAUGUAUGUCAAAGGUCCUUCAUUUAGCUAUUUUCACAUUUUAUCUCUGGAAUAUAGAAAAGCUUCUUGUUUAAUGUGGUUAAAAUGUUUAAAUGGAGUAGCUGGUAAGGUGAUCUGAAUGUUUUGUAAAUGUCCAUUAACCACCUGCUCAUAGUUUUACAAUAGCUGUAGGAAAUUAGGAAGUCAUGCUAUGUGUAGUAGUCGUAGAAUUAUAAGAGGCUCUACACUGGUCUAAUUAUUCCAAAAGAUUUUACUUGCUGUGUCAGAUGUGCAUUUCAAUUAGUUGUAAUAUUUUGGACAUUGUAAUGAGAUGUACAGAUCAUUUGGCAAAGGAUAGUUCUUGCCAUAAGUGACCCGUGUUGUAUGCUUGUUUCUGGUUUGUGUACUCGAGUGAAAAGUUUAAAUAAAUAAAUUCUAAGUGCCAGUU